UCUAAAUUCAAAAGAUUUGUUGUCUAAUAGAACAUUGAUUUACUACAACAACAGAGUUUUGAAGGAUCAAAAUAAGGUAAUGAUAGGCGAGAAUUGUUGGAAUUGAUCCUGAUUCAACAGUGUGCUCUAGUGGAGCAUCGAUCUACAAUCACUAAGCAGCCGAGCACGUAGAACCUCUGGAUGUAUACCUCUCGAUAUUAAAAUGUCAUAAAACAUGGGAUAGAUGAUUCAAAUUCAAUGAGAGGGGACGGUUUGGUAAAGUGACGGGAGCACCUCAACAUGUCCAAAAGGCUAGGGAUAGUAAGCCAUGGAGUCUCAAAAUAUCGGGAUGAUGAUUCCCAUUCAAGACACAGCGAGCUUAGCGACAUUGUUGACAAGGCAGAUGAAGAACGCGGAAAGGACGCUACUGAGAAAACCAGUAUUAAAAGUUUAGAAAACUCUCCAGAUGAUGGUACCACCAUUACGGUACCACAGACGGCGGAUGCUGUCAACGAGGAUAAAGACGCUGACGUAGAUGCAACAGUGAGCAAUGACACUGGUCACGCCUCUGGGUCCCGGGGAGAUCUGGAGGAGAUACCAAAUGAGGAAAAUGAUGACGAUAAAGAAGACGAUGAAGAUGAAGAGGAAUCGUUUGUUUUAUUCACUAGGAAAUCAUAUGAAAAUCUAGUCCAUAGAGAUAUUGAACGUAAACAAAGAGAGAAAGAGAAGGCCAAGCCUAAGGAGGGGCGUUUAGUUGACGGCGAGCUAGUCUAUGAUGACGACGACGAUGACGAUGCAAAAGAGAGGGAUCCCUCCCUGGUGGAGGGCAACACUCUCCCAUCUCAAUACGAAUGUCCAAAGAAGUAUUACGGCAAAGCAUUAGAGGAUUUAGAUAAAGCUAUAAAAGACAAGUCAUUUAUCGUCAUAUCUCCACGAUUUGGAAAGAAAUAUAUACACAGAUACUCUGCCAACAAAGCCUGGUUUUGUUUGGCCCCAUGGAAUCCAUUGCGUCGACUAGCAAUAUUAGUUGGAUCAAAUCAGUUCUUUGAAUACUUUGUCAUCAUCACUAUCCUUGUUAACAUGGUCUUCUUGGCUCUCACCACGCCCAUUGAUGUGUCUGAAUAUGUCUUCUUAGUUAUAUACACUGCUGAGGCGCUGGUAAAGUUACUCUCUAGGGGGUUUAUCCUGGAUGGUUAUACUUACCUGAGAGAUCCAUGGAAUUGGUUAGAUUUCUUUGUUAUAUUAUUAGGGUACUUCACAAUGAUUCUAGAGUUUUCUGGCAGUGGAGAAGUAUUUGGAGGAAAUCUCCAGGGUCUGCGUACAUUCAGGGUCCUGAGGCCGCUCAAAACAGUGUCAAUCAUUCCUGGUCUGAAGCUUAUAGUAAACGCACUGAUCAAGUCCAUGCGUAUGUUACUGGAGGUUAUGAUUCUCACACUCUUCUGUAUGGCAGUGUUUGCCCUAUUCGCCAUCCAAGUAUAUGUUGGUGUGCUGCGACAGAAAUGUGUGUUAGAUCUUCCAAGCAACUGGCAUGAUUUAAGCAAUAACUCAGAUGUUUACUACUUAGAUUGGACAAAGGAUACAUCCCACUGGCUGGAGGAUGAGGAUCAAUAUUUUAUCUGCGGCAAUAUUUCAGGAUCAGCUCAAUGUCCUGCUGGCUACACCUGCCUACCUGAUAUAGGGAGUAACCCCAACUAUGGCUACACAAGCUUUGAUCACUUCGGAUGGGCUAUGCUCACUUGCUUCCAGUUAGUUACCCUAGACUUCUGGGAAGAUGUAUACAAUAAGGUGAUAAGUGCCAAUGGUCCCUGGAACAUCAUAUUCUUUUGGUUUGUUGUCUUCUUUGGAGCAUUUUACCUGGUCAACUUGAUGUUAGCUGUUGUAACUAUGUCCUAUGAAGAGGAGGCCACAAAUGCAGGAAAAGACAAAAGCAGGGAAAAGGAGAGAGAGCAAGCAGCCAAAGAUGCUCAAAAGAAGAAAAAAACAAGAUAUGAUUUGAAAAAUCUCAAAGCUAAACUUGAUAAAGAUGAUACAAAAGGAGAUAAAUUGAAGAAAUCCAAGAAGAGUAAAUCAAAAUCCACAGAAAGUGCCAAAAAUAGUCAAAAAAAUAGUUCUGAAAAGACAGAUGAGGAUGGACGUCUUAAAAGUGCAGGAAGCAGCAGUAAUCAAAGUGAUGAUGCAGUAAGACAAGGAGCUGAUAGCGGGAUGGGCAGUAGUGAGAAAAUGACUACAUCUGAUAUGAUGAUGACACAGGAUUCAAAUGAGACCUCUAUUGAAAUCAUGUCAUCUCCAACCAAGGGGCAAUCCCAGCUAUCCACAAGCGGAGUGGAGGUAGAUACAGAUAGCACCAAAGGUGAAGAUAAUCCUGCUUAUCUGAGGGAGAAUGACACAAUUGAGAGAAUCAAAACUGACACCGGUGAAGUCAUAGUCAUAGUUAAAGAUGGCAGUGGUAAAGAACUCAGAGACCGAAACUGUUCAUGCUGUACAAAGUGUAAAUGUGACUAUAUCACUUGGUUGAAGUUCCAAAACUUCUUACAUAUGAUUGUGUCAGAUGUGUUCUUUGAUCUCUUUAUCAUGUUGAUGAUUCUCACAAACACCAUUGUCUUGGCAACAGAACAAUACAACAUGACAGAUGCACACAAACAGCUGCUCAAAAUUUCUAACUAUGUAUUUACUGGGGUAUUCACUGUAGAGUGUGUAUUAAAGUUAUUCGCAUUGAGUAGGGACUACUUCAGAAGUGGCUGGAACAUCUUUGACUUUGUUAUUGUUAUCAUGAGUCUGGUGGAUGUUGCAGUAGAGGACUUACCAGCCAUAUCAGGCCUCAGGGUUUUCAGAUUGGCUCGAGUUGUCAAGCUGGCCCAGUCUUGGCCUACGAUGCGUAUGUUGGUCCAGAUCGUCAUCAACACCCUCUCUGCCUUGGGGAACAUGUCUUUCAUCCUCAUCAUCAUCCUUUACAUAUUUGCUGUCGUCGGCAUGAACCUGUUCCAAGGCACAUACACCCAUGCGGUCUUUGGCCCACUUGAUGAGGAUAUACCCAGGUGGCACUUCGAUGACUUCUUUCAUUCAUUCUUUAUGGUGUUCCGUAUCUUGUGUGGAGAGUGGAUUGAGCCACUUUGGGAUUGUAUGAGAGCAAAUGGAACCAUAUGUAUGGCUGUCUUCAUACCCACACUCAUCAUUGGCAAUUUUAUGCUGCUGAAUCUCUUCCUUGCUUUGCUUCUCAACUCAUUUGCCACCAGCUCCCCAGCUGAUGAGAAACCCAAGGAGAAGAGUAAGUUUGCUAUUGCCUGGGAACGUAUAAAGCAUUGGUUUUCCUGCUGCACAUGUGGCCGAGGCCGUGCAGUGAGCCCCUCAGUCAAGGACCAGAGAGAUCGUGAAGAGAAGAAAGAAAAGAAUAGCUUGGCUUUUACAAGUGAUUCUCAGAAUGAGUCUUCUAUCAAAAGUGAUUGUCAGAUCAUAGAGAUGGAGCCUAUACAAUCCAAUGGCACAAGUCACUCAUCAUCAGAAAACAUAGAGGAGAGGAAUAACCAAAUUAACACUGACAAACUUCUAUCUCCUAAUAAUGUCAAUGGCAUUCUAAAGAAUAAACCUGAAGUAAAGGAUCCAUUCAAAACAUCAAGAGAUCAAUAUGUCUCAUUUGAAGGUGAAUUAGAGCAGCAGAAAAAAGAAGCUGAAAAGAAAAAGAAGAAAGGGCAAGAACUAACCCUUGCAGAUAUAAAACCGAAAAGUGCCAGACCAGGAAAACGUACCCCUAUAUCUGCAGCUGAUAGGGCUAAGUUUUCAGCUCCCAACAGUGAUGGGAACAAGUAUGCGAAGGAAGGAGAUAAUGCUAGCAUUGCCACUGAAGAUGAAGAUGAGGCUGCUCCUAAAGUACAUGACUGCUGCCCCGGAAUCUGCUAUAGAAAGAUUGACUGUCUUGGUAACAUGGACAACACUGGCUUUGGCAAGAAGUGGUACCAGUUCCGUCUUUUCAUGGCACAUGUUGUGGCCCAUAAGAUCUUUGAGACCACCGUCCUUCUUCUGAUUUUCUGCAGUAGUAUAGCACUGUGUUUUGAGGAUGCUUACAUCAAUGAGCCAGAGUGGGCAGACCUUAAGCUUGCCCUGUUUUACCUCAACAUCAUAUUCAGUGUCCUGUUCACUCUUGAGAUGUUGAUGAAGUGGGUUGGACUUGGCUUCAAAAAGUACUUCACCAAUCCCUGGUCCAUUCUGGACUUCUGUAUUGUAGUGGUCUCCAUCACUGGUAUUUUGCUAGAAGCUUUAGGUCUGUCUCAGAUCUCUGGAUUCCGUGCCCUGAGGACACUUCGUGCAUUAAGACCACUUAGAGCAGUAUCGAGGUGGCAGGGGAUGAGGAUUGUUGUGAAUGCACUGAUGUACGCUAUACCCUCCAUCUUCAGUGUACUUGUUGUUUGUCUCCUCAUUUGGGUGAUAUUCAGCAUCAUGGGUGUCCAGUUCUUCAAAGGGCUCUUCCGUUAUUGUGCCCAGGAUGGAGAACGCUUGCACUACAACAUCACUGCCAACAAAACUGAGUGUUUAGCUAAGGGUUAUGAAUGGAUAAAUGCGGAUAUUCAUUUUGAUGGUGUUGGUCAUGGAUUGUUAGCCUUGUUCCAGGUGGCAACAUUUGAAGGCUGGAUGGAAGUUAUGAGAGAUGCUAUUGAUGUCACCGAUAUUGAUAUUCAACCAAGAAGAGAAAACAGUUUAUAUUAUUAUUUCUUUUUCUUUGGGUUCAUCCUGGUUGGUUCUUUUUUUACCUUGAACCUGUUCAUUGGUGUCAUCAUUGACAACUUUAACAUGCUGAAGAAGAAGUAUGAAGGGAGCUACUUAGACAUGUUCCUGACCUCAAACCAGAGGAACUACAUCAAUACACUGAAGAAGCUAGGGCAGAGGAAGCCACAGAAAACCAUCAAAAGGCCCAAGGGCAAAUUAAGGGCAUUUUUCUUUGAUGUUGCCCUUAGUAACAAGUUUGAGCUGGCCAUUGUUUCAUUAAUCAUGUUAAACAUGGGUGCUAUGGCGAUCGAACAUUACAAACAGUCUGAUACAGUGGUAAAAGCCCUGGAUAUAACCAACCUCGUAUUUACAACAGUAUUCGCCCUGGAGGCAAUAGUAAAGAUUAUUGGCAUGGGGUGGCACUAUUUCAGACGUGUUUGGAACGUCUUUGACUUCAUAGUAGUAUUUCUCUCUAUCAUUGGUGUCAUCCUGGAUGAUCUCUUAACUAGUAUAUUUAUCACUCCAACCCUUCUUCGUGUAGUCCGUGUAUUUCGUAUAGGGCGUGUACUUCGUCUCGUCAAAGCUGCAAAGGGGAUAAGGAAACUUUUGUUUGCCCUUGUGAUCUCAUUACCUGCACUGUUCAACAUUGCAUUAUUACUCUUUAUGAUGAUGUUCAUCUACUCAGUUGUAUUCAUGACAUCAUUCAGUCACGUCAAACAUACAGGAGCUCUAAAUGACCAAGUAAAUUUUGAGACUUUUGUCAAUAGUUUUGUGCUGUUGUUCCGGUUAACUACAUCAGCUGGUUGGAAUGAUGUGCUCUAUGCCCUUCAAAUCAAAGAACCAAACUGUGACCCAAAUUUCUACACAAAGAAAGAUGGAACUAAGGUUGCCUUCGAUGGUGGGGAUUGCCCUGUUGAGUGGUUAGCCAUUCUGCUUAUGGUCACAUAUAUAUUUGUCAACUUCCUUAUCAUCAUUAACAUGUACAUUGCUGUGAUUCUGGAAAACUUUAACCAAGCUCAUGAACAAGAAGAGGUUGGUAUUACAGAGGAUGAUUUUGAAAUGUUUUAUGUAAUAUGGGAGAGAUAUGAUCCCCAUGCAACACAGUUCAUCAAACUUGAUCAUUUAUCAGAUUUUGUAGCUGACUUAGAUGAACCAUUAGGUAUUGCCAAACCCAAUGAAAUUGCCAUAGUAGCAUUUGAUCUUCCUAUAGUGGAGGGGGAAAAGUUACAUUGUCUUGACAUUCUGACCUCCUUGGUGAAGAGGGUUCUUGGAGAGGUCGAAGACAGUGAGGAACUAAAGGAACUUAAACAACAAAUAGAUCAAAAAUAUAGGGAUUCGUUCCCCACUCGUGUUGCCACUGUUGUUAAAUCCACCACAAUGAGGCGGAAAAAAGAAGACGUCGCAGCAAAGACUUUACAGCGUGCUUGGCGUCGUCAUAAAAUCCAGAAAAAUAUGCGUCAAUUACAUGACGCUGCUGUUAAAAAUCUAGAACUUUCUCGAUCAAACACAAAAAUAGACUUAGGCAGGAGGUUAAGUAAUGCUAUGGGGUCGAGCUACGCAUUACGACCUAUCUCUGCCACCAGUAGGACUAGUGGUACUAGUCUAGCUAGUGCUCACAAUAAAAAUAAAUCAACAACAUCUAUAGGUGGAAAUACAUUAAAAGUCCCCACUAGUCAAGAAGAUGCUCCAGUGUAGUAUGUAUUUAGGAAAGAACAAAAGCUGUAGCUAGUUAGUGCUGUACACAGCAGGUCUGUGGAUAUUUUGGGCUCAUACAUGUAGAUUUUGCCAGCUAUAAGCAAGGAUUAGAGUAAAUUGUAACUGCCAAAAUAAAAACUAGGCCAGAUGGCAUGGAGCCAGAUACUGCAAUUGGUUGUGUCUCUUCCAGUUAUUUGGAUAUACCGCAGUGAUAUUCAUUGCACUCUCACAUGAAAAAUAUAGGUCAUUAGUCUAAUGGACCAUAUUUUCUUGGAAUGUGUGCUAUACUGUAUUUAACUGCAAAGGAGAAUAUCACUGCAGUAUCAUAGAUUGAAUAAAUACAUACAAUAUUUAAUUUCUCAUAUCUUAUAAGUAUUUUUACACUGCUGCUAUCAUAUCAUUGAUUCACUCUUCAAAACAUGGCAAUAGCAGAGGAACAAAUAUACAGAUCUUGUUACUACUAUAUACUCUGCUGUUUAUUAUCUUAUGUUUAGCUUCACUGGUACUGCACUUUUCAAAAUAGUUACUCAAACAAAACAAUUUUUCUUUUUUCCUCAUUUCACAAGUUGUGGGUAGAAUUCCCACAUUUUCAUCACAAACGUAUGUCAGUGUCAUAUGUUUAAGAAAAUCUACAUGUCUGCGAUCAAAUAGUUCAGAAGACAACAGAAUCAUUGAUUUUUAAAAUACCUCACUAUUAUUACAC